ACGAGACAGGCGCAGAGCGAGCGCUUUUCCCUCCGAGAGAUGAGCAGCUGCAGCAGCCUGUCGCCGGUGAUGGCGAGGUCGGCCAGUAGAGGGGAGCACAGGAGCGGCGGCGGCCGGUUCAGGGCGGAGAUCGAGAUGGACAGAGGCGUUGCGCUUCUCAGGCGAGUGCUCCUUCUCUCUACUCUUCUUCUUUUCUUGGUUCCUUCCUCCAAUGUGUUCUCUCCUGCUCUGUUUCUUCCGCGCGUGCGGAUGCUUGAUAAGUUCCGCCACCGUUCUUGCCGUCGCCGCCAUUGUUGCACAUCCAUGCUCUGCUUUCUCGCCUACCUUAUUCUCAUCCGGCCGUAUUCCUCUUCCUCCGUUCUUUCUCUGUCAAUUCAAGGGCUGCUCGCUUUCUUGCUGGAUUUGUCUCUGUUUCCGAUCGGGCUAACUGAUUCUUGGUGUUCGAUUCGCGAAUUGAAAUGCAGGAGCCCGGAGCUGGGGUUCGCCGCCGCCGUGCGAGAUCCGCUGGUGAGGCUUCAGCGCCCCAAGUUCGACUUCGAGAGGUGGGACUGGGAGUACUUCGCAUGGCCGCACGACCGUCCCGACGCCAAUCUGGAGAUGAGGGACAGCGAUCCGACGGCCACAUUUGAGGCGGACCGCAAGGAGAUCGAGGGAUUCCUGAGCCGGAGCACGCUACAGUUGGAGGCAAGCCAGAGCACGGCGGAGCUAGAGGCGAGCCAGAGCACGCCGCAUUUAGAGGCCAUACAAGGCAUCCUGGACCAGAGCAUGCUGCAUCUAGAGGCAGGUGGGAGCUUCCCGAGCCAGAGCACGCCGCUGCCAGAGGCCAGCGAAGGCUUCCCGAGCCCGAGGACGCCGAAGCUAGAGAUUGACGACGACAUGCUCUUCGGGCAUGGCGCCCCGUGGCGUCGGGGAUGCGCAGAGUCCAACCCAUUCCUGCUGGAGCAUUGCAAGGCACUGCAGGGUCGUUGUGCAUUCUAGGAGCGAAGACACGCAUCAUGAUCAUAUCCCCUUGUCUGCAAUGCGCUGACAAUCUGAUGAUUCAUAGGAUGGACAUGGAUGAUGAUGCAUCUGGCAUCGAGGAGCUUGCCGAUCGGGGUACAGUCCGACCAGCGUUACAGUUCAGAAACUGGGACAGGUAGAGGCUUUGGUUCACAACUGCUUAGACAGAAAUUUCCUUCACAGCAGGAUUAGCAUUGCGGUUCAUAACUGUGACAGGAACAAGUUUUGUUCAGAGAUGUUAGAAAUAAACUUUCUUUACAGUGGUGUUAGCAUUGCGGUUCAGAAAUGUGACUGGGCCAUUUUUUUGUUCAGAGAUGCUAGAAACAAACUUUCUUUACCAUAGGAUUAGCAUUGCAUUGCAGAAAUGUGACAGGAACAAGUUUUUGUUCAGAAAUGUUAGAAAGAAUCUUUCAGUAGAGAUA